AGAUGUCAUAAAAAUAGGAGUGCAGAAUUUUUAUUAAUUUUAGGUGUCGUUUAAAGGCUGCACUUAAAACCACCAGCCUUUGAUUAUUACGGUUUUAAGAAAAGAGAAAUGCAGUGGUGACAAAGGCAGGGUAAUAUGAAUCUACUUCUGUGGCUGCUGGUAUUAGUCAGCUGGGACCAGUCGCUUGGAAGUAAUCCUCUCAACAUUUACGAUGGACUAGGAAACUGUAAGCCUGUCUGUCCCUGCUUGAUGGAUGGUAUUAACUAUGAUCAUGGAGAGCAGUGGUCAAAGCGUGGACAACCGUGUACAACCUAUGAAUGUGUCAAUGGUUUCUAUCGGCCUGUCAAAGAAGGUUGUGAUUUCAAAGGGACAUGCAAGAAUUCAGGAACUACGUGGACAGAGCGCUGCUUUACCUAUAGAUGUAACACCACGGAUGAAAUUUCUCACUAUUCUUUGGUGGAGGGAGGGUGUUUAGAUUCAAAUGGUAACUGCCGAGCCAUUGGGGAAAGAUUUUCCCAAAAUUGUGAUACAGUUGAGUGCCAAAUAGUGAAUGGUUCAUGCUUCCAUUUAGUUACGAUAGCAAAGGGAUGCACGUUUGAGGGAGAAUGUAGGUCACUUAACUCUUUCUGGCAUGACGGCUGUUCCGUUUACCAAUGCGCCCAGGUCUCGGAUAGCGUGACGUAUCAGAAAUUAUCCAAUGAGGUGAUGUAUUGGCCAAAGGGAUCGUACGGGUUGUUGAUGCCGGAGGAUGGGUGUCCUAGCGACAUCCGUGUAUCCUGGAGCAAUGGUAGUCGACUUCACUACAGUAACGGUAAAUCCGCGCCUUCCUUCUCCUUCCAUCUCUAUGGUAACUACUCCAGGAUCUCUUUUGAGCACUACUUCUGCAUUCAUGAUGAGGAAGUCGAUCCGUUCCAGCUGCCUCGUUAUCAAACCUACUGGGAUGCUGGGAAAUAUUGCAUAUUCCGGAAGUCGGGCCAGUGUCCAAAUGGAUUUCAAGAGGGUUUUGUUGGAAUGGAUGAUCUUAACGGUUUGGAGUUCAUGCAAACCGUGAAUGGUUCUGUUCCUGAUGGAAAUUAUGAUGAAGAUACGGGGUUUUUCUUUUGUUGUCGAUUUGAUGGAGACAUAGAAACACCCAUUAUCUUACCUAAAAAUGAACCGUUCGUCUUAUUUAUGGCCAACGGAAGCACGGAUUGUCAAUCAGUUAGAGGUAUGCGACACAGUCUCGAGUAUUUUCUGUUUGAUGACGAGAAUGUUAACACUACACUGUACCAGAAUGGCUCCCUACCAGAGGUUAAACGUGGAACAAAUAACACCGUCAUUUACUUCUGUUACUACAAACCUAUAACUUGUGGCUGUGAAGAUGAAAAUGGAAACAUGAUAAAACUAGGAGAAAAGGUAAAGAAGAAUUGUGUAUGGCACCUCUGCAAAUCAUAUCAAAAGAACAUGCGAUACCUUGAGGUCUUAAAGGGAGGUUGCGCAUGGAACAACAAAUGUAUACCUGAAAACACUAUUUGGACAGAGAAUAAAGGCAGCAUGUGUAUCCAGUACACAUGUACAAAACAAAGGAGCGGAUCUUAUCCGGAGUACUUUGUUAAAAAGCUACACCAAGGUUGUGUAGAUGGCAAUAAGUGCAGAGGACUCGGAUUCAGCAAGAGACGCGGUUGUUAUGAAUUACAAUGCCGAUUACAUCCUCAAGUUCAAAGGCCUUAUUACAAGCUUGUCCGUGCAGGUUGCAGUGACGGUAUGGGUGGAUGUUUAGCUAUCAACACAACGAAGACGCUGAACUGUAUAACAUACCGCUGUGAGAGACAUUCAUCAAACUGUGGUCUAGAUUUCUACAAAGGAGGGUGUAAUGAAGGAGGAGAAUGUCAUGACGCGAACAGCACGUGGACUAGCAAAUAUUGUCACGUGAUGAAAUGCAGUAUGGAGGCUGACCAGAAAGGAAGUGCGAAAAUAAGGACGAAAAUAAAGACAUACGCUUGCAAGUUGAAUGGGAAAUGUUACAAGGAAGGGGAGAUAAUGAGCGCAAAAUGUGUAAAGAGACAAUGUAAAGUUGACAGGGGCCGAAACACAGUCAUGAUGGAUGUCAUACAUGCCGACUGCAGGGUGAACGGAUUGUGUGUACCUGUCAACUCUACAUACAGAGAUGGAUGUUCUGUCAAGCGGUGUUAUUGGAGAAAAAACGGAGAUGUCCAUAGCUCAGGAAGUGAUAUUGUAAAGUUUGGAUGUAAGUGGAGAGACAGCUGUGUGAAUGAGAGUGAGAUACGACAAUAUCAGUGUACCCACUAUAUCUGUCGUGUAUCUCAGAAGGGACAAUACAGGCGUUCGGAGAUGGCUGUUUACAGUCAAGAUUGCAGGGAUCCUCAAGGAAAUUGCAUUGCAGUUGGGAGCUAUGGUGAGGGUCAAAAUUGUAACAAAUUGAAGUGUGUGUCUAAGAAUGGUAUGUCGCGGCUGGAAAAUGUUGCUACAGGAUGUUUGGAUAAAGAUAAAUGUAGAGAAGACGGAGGAAACUGGACAAGUCCGGAAAAUUGCAUUACUUACGGUUGUCGCUUAAAAAUCCAAAAUGGCCGAACAUACCCUCAAAUUCAAAUUAUUGGCGUCGGAUGUAAAGUAGGCGGAAUUUGCUACAGUCCUGGAGAAAAAUGGGACUCGGGCUGUCUGGAGAGACAAUGUGUUGUUAAUAGAUCAAACAAGGGCUUCUCCCGAUCCGUGACGGCGAAAUUAAGAGGCUGUAAUGUAAAUGGCAAGUGUUUGGAGGUUGGGUUCAAAGAGAUGAGAAACAAAUGUUUAAAUUAUGGUUGCGUUUUGGACAAAAAAUCAGAUCGCCCUGUUUACAACCUGCUUAAAGGAGCGUGUAAAGAUCUAGAUGGUAACUGCCGAGAUGUCGGUGAAGAGUGGGACCACUUAUAUCAGCCUCACAAAAUCUGUCUCCGUCUAAAGUGUGAAUACACAGGCGGGAUUUAUAGAACAUCUUCACUUAAAAUACUAUGUAAAGAUAAAAAUGACAACUGCAGGCAGCAAGGGGAGCGCGGAUUUCCGGCUAUGAUUCGAGGAAAAGAGUACAAAAACUGUCAAUGUAAAGCCUACGGGCGUCAGUCCAGAAUGUCAUGUUCUCCGUAGGCUUUAAACAUAAUAUGCUAAGAUUGCUGAGUCCAAUUUUCAAACCCGAGGGCGUUAUGCUAAGCUUUAUAAUACCUAUAUUAUGGCAUACAUUUGAAUAAUCUUGUAAAAAUAGGUAAAUAAAGUACUCAUUUCCUUGGCUUUGAAAACAAAAUGUCACUUCAAAUCAUCAUUUGUCGUGUUGUAAAUUUUGAAUUUACCGGUACUGCCACUCGGUAAAUUCAAAUUUUUAAAAUGACAAAUUCUUAUUUUGCUCUUUCUAAAAAUUAUUAUUCUAAAAUAUCAAUAAAAGUUAUAUUAUUUCCGUUUGACAUCUUUCAUAUGUUGGAGGAUCUAUACUUGUGAUGAAUAAUAAAGGUUAAGUCUAGCUUAGCGUAACUCGCCCUUUCGAAGUGAGAGCUGGGAGUUCGAAUGGCUAAUCAUUUCUUUUACUAGAUCCAAUCCCACAGUAGGAAAAAAAUGAAAAAAAAAUGCCCAAGAUGUCAAAAUAUCUUUUUGAAAAAUUCAAAACAUUUCUAAAUCCA